GAUGUUGCUGACUUGCAAACAAAGCUCUAUGAAGUUCUUGAAAAUUUUACUCAUUGGCUCAAAGUUUCUCAGCCUCACUGUAGUUCUUUUCUUUGCUUACAAAUUGUUUCUGAAAGUGCACUUAAACUUCUUUCAGAACUUCUACUAGAUUAUUUAGUAAUGUUUCUUGGUCUUG